AUGUUAACUGCUGCUGCGAAUUCGUUAUCGAAUAACGGUGGUUCUUACAGCAAUGAUAGACCGUCGAGCACAGCAGACCCAGAACUUGCAACUGAUCCCGCUUCAGGUGGAUUUUUUCACUCGGAUUAUAAAAAACAUGAAGAUUUGAAACAAAUGUUGGAUAGUAAUAAGGAUGGACUUAAAUUAGAGGCUAUGAAGCGUAUAAUUGGGAUGAUAGCAAAGGGACGAGAUGCAUCAGAGUUAUUCCCAGCUGUAGUAAAAAAUGUUGUAUCAAAAAAUAUUGAAGUGAAAAAAUUAGUUUAUGUUUAUUUGGUCCGUUAUGCUGAAGAUCAACAAGAUCUUGCACUUUUAUCUAUUUCUACAUUUCAACGAGCAUUAAAAGAUCCUAAUCAAUUAAUAAGAGCAAGUGCUUUAAGAGUACUUUCAAGUAUAAGAGUUUCUAUGAUAGUGCCUAUAGUAAUGCUUGCUAUCAAGGAUUCAGCCAGUGAUAUGUCACCAUAUGUACGAAAAACUGCAGCACAUGCUAUUCCUAAACUUUAUUCACUAGAUUCUGAGCAAAAAGAGGAAUUAAUAGGUGUUUUAGAAAAGUUACUAUCAGAUAAAACAACUCUUGUUGUGGGUUCUGCAGCAAUGGCAUUUGAAGAGGUUUGUCCCGAAAGAAUAGAUUUGAUACAUAAAAAUUAUAGAAAGCUCUGUAACUUAUUAGUAGAUGUCGAUGAAUGGGGUCAAGUUGUUAUAGUCAACAUGCUUACAAGAUAUGCAAGAACACAAUUCAUUAACCCUAAUGUAGAUAGCAUAGAAGAUGAUGAAAAUCGCCCGUUUUAUGAUUCUGAUUCUGAUUCGUCUAAUACAAAGAAACCAAAAUUAACAAUAGAUCCAGAUCAUCGAUUAUUAUUGCGAAAUACAAAACCUCUUUUGCAAAGUAGAAAUGCUUCUGUAGUAAUGGCAGUAUCUCAAUUGUAUCACCACACUGCUCCACGAAGUGAAGUAAUGAUUGCUGCCAAAGCAUUAAUUAGAUUAUUAAGAGGACACAGAGAAGUUCAGAGCAUAGUUCUCCACUGCAUUGCUAACAUAUCAAUUGCCAGAAAGGGAAUGUUUGAACCCUUCCUUAAGUCAUUUUUUGUGAGAACUUCAGAUCCUACUCAUAUAAAACUUCUGAAAUUAGAUAUUUUGACCAAUUUAGCAACUGAAACUAGUAUCGGAGUUAUACUAAGAGAAUUUCAAACUUACAUCUCUAGUAGUGAUAAAGAAUUUGUUGGGGCUAGUAUACAAGCAAUUGGGAGAUGUGCAAGUAAUAUAAAAGAAGUGACUGAUACAUGUUUGAACGGAUUAGUUUCAUUAUUGAGUAAUCGAGAUGAGGCUGUCGUAGCAGAAAGCGUUGUUGUUAUAAAGAAGCUGUUACAAACUCAACCAAACGAACAUAAAAAUAUAAUUGCUCAUAUGGCAAAAUUAAUGGAUUUCAUAACUAUACCACAAGCCAGAGCAUCUAUUUUGUGGCUCUUAGGAGAAUAUUCAGAUAGAGUACCUAAGAUAGCACCGGAUGUGCUUAGAAAAAUGGCUAAAAAUUUUGUAAAUGAACAAGAUAUUGUAAAACUCCAAAUAUUAAAUUUGGCUGUAAAGCUGUGUCUAAAUAAUCCUAUUCAAACCAAGCCAUUUUGUCAAUACGUUUUCCAACUUGCGAAAUACGAUCAAAAUUACGAUAUUAGAGAUCGUGCACGUUUCUUGAGACGUUUUAUUUUUGACGAAGAUGGUCAUGAGAAAAAUCUUCCACAGCUUGCAAAAAGAAUAUUUCUAGCUCCAAAACCUGCACCAACUCUAACAUCUAGGUUCAAAAAUUCUGAAUAUCAGUUAGGAACAUUGUCACAUUAUUUAGAUAUGCCAUGUGCUGGUUAUCGUUCUUUGCCACCCUUCCCUGAUGUAGCGCCUGAUCCAUCCGUAAGAGACGUUGCAAGUGGCACUACUAGAGAUGCAAGAGAUGAAUAUUAUAGAAAAGAGAAGAAAGACAAAAAGGGAAAAGAAAAAGAAAAACCCUUUUAUAGUGAUGAAGAAAGUGUUCAAGCAGAUGAAUUAAAUAAUGAAAAUGACUCUUCAGAUACUUCAACAACUGAUUCUUCAGAUGAGGGGAGUGACUCAUCUGAGUAUAUAUCAGAAUCUGGUAAAUCUGAGAAUGAUAGUGAGAAAAAGAAAUCUACGAAGGUAUCUGAUGAGUCGAAUAGCGAGUCUGAAAGUGAAGAAUCAGAUUCUGAAGAAUCAUCUGAGAAUUCUCAGGAAAGUGAAGAGGAAAAGUAUAGGGCUUCAAAUCAAGAAGCAACAGAAAAACCAAAAAGCAACAUUGAUCUCCUUUUAGAUUUAGAUGAUGUGAUCCCAAUGACACCGGUUAUGCCAUUAAGCACAGGUAGUCUUCUUACUCCUAUCAAUUUGAAUAUUACAAAUGAUGUCAGAGAAAUUUCAGCCUCAUUUAUUUCCAUAAAGAAAUCUGAAUUAUUAAAUACUAUUACGGGACAUGGCUUAAAAAUUGAAUAUAGAUUUACUAGAUCGCAGCACUUAGUAAGUGCUUAUUUAGUUACUAUUGAAUUAACAUUUUCCAAUGAAAGUAGCGAACCUGUUAAAGAAAUACAAAUAGGAGUAAAGAAUUUACCAAAAGGAAUGGUUAUACAUGAUUUUAUGCGAAUACCACUAUUAGAAGUAAAUUCAAAUUUGUCCACAACAUUGGGAAUCAAUUUUAACGAUUCCACACAACCAGCGCAUUUUAAUAUUGACUUUGCAAUUGGAGAUGACAUGUAUUCCUGCCCAGUUACUAUUAAAGCUCCAAUUGGAGAAAUAAUAAGAGCCGUGUUCUUGCCAGAAAAUAUGUUUACAUGUGAAAAAACUAAAUUGAAGGGUAUGAAUGAACAUGUUGCAAAAGUGCAAUAUUUUGGGAAUAAGAAAACUAUAUCCCAAAAAGUUUUUGAGACUGCGAAUGUUGCAAUGAUAUCUAGCAGUGAUGAAGAGAUAAGAUUUGCCGCCCAUACAUUAGCAUCAAAGUCCUUAGUAUUAGUAACAAUAAAAGUGAUAGGUAAUGAAUGUUUGGAAAUCUGUGUUAACUGCGAAAAGAUGGUAAUAGGUUCUAUCUUGUUAACUGAAUUAAAAAGUAAUUUAAAGAUGAACUAAUUAUUUUUUAUUUAUAUUCAUAAAUUAAAUAUAUACCGAAUUUAUUUACAAUACUUGUAUAAAAUAAAUAUAAGACUUAUGAUAAUUAAGUGUAUAUAUAUGUUUAAUUCCACAUGGAUAUAUAGUAAUUAAAUAUAUAAAUUUAAAUAUAAUAUAUUUGUUAUGAAAUCAUUAGAUUUUUAUAAGAAACUGAGAUUAUUGUUUGCUACUACUUGUUUGGUAAAAUAUAUAUACACAUAUAUAUGUAUAUAUCAAUUUUAUAAAUCACGCUAAAUUACUCGUUAAGUUAAUUACCUCAUAAUGUCAUACUUAUACCCUCCCAAAAAAGUAUAAAGUGUUAAAGUUGAACAAUCAAAUUUUAUAUUUAUUAAGUUAUAAAGAUGAUUCAUAGCGAAAAUUAAGAGAGAUUUAACUAAAAUCAGACUUUAUGCUAUGUAUAAUUUCAUGAGUGUUUUCUUAAAAAAUAAUUUGUUUCUUUUAAUGAGUUUCUUUAAAUAGUUUUUGUGAGCUUGCAAAGUAUAAUACUGUUCUUUCCACGUAAAAUAAAAAAAUAUAAAAUUUAUAAAUAAUAAUCUUUUUCAUUCUAUUUUAACAAAUUAAUGAAAACUUUCAAUGUUUUCAAACAAUAAACAGAUAGAAUAAAAUAAUGAAAGAAACGACACGAAAUGAUUUUUUUGUAUAUUAUUAUAUAUCAAAAUUCACUAUUAUUUUGAUGAAUAUUUUUUUAUAACUUUUUACAAAAUAUUUACGAACCUGUGCUUAUUUAAUACUUCGACUAUAGUUCCGAAUGGUACUGGCAUAGGGCUUAUGGCUUAUAUCAUACUAAUUUACAUAAUAUGGACUUAUGAGCCCUAGUGGCCGACCAACGCGAAAUUUGAGGGGCUGAACUUCAAAUAUAAAAUUUUAGCUUCGGACGUUUAUUAGUUUACAAGAAUAAUAAUAAAAAGCUUCUGGUAUUAUUCAUCCAAUUCUGUUUAUACAGAUGUUACUAAAUAAUCGUUUUCGCAUCGUCGCUGACUAUCGAGUACCUGAUGAUAUCAGUAUCUAUAGGGUGUCCAGCAUUGAUAUAUUGGGUGUAUUUCGGUUUUACUAUAAUUUUAAAAUUUUUGAAGAUAUUUUGUAUAAUAUAAAAAGUAAUUUUUUUCAUUAUUAUUAA